UGUGCCUUAUCAGCCUUUGUUUCUAUGAAUCAUGUACAGGUAAUGGUAGCUGGGACUAAAAUAAGUUUUGCACUGGAUGGGUUUGUACUUCUAGUGAGUGCUGAUGGAAUGAUAUUUUAUGCAUCUCCUACAAUCAUCGACUAUCUGGGAUUUCAUCAGACUGAUGUGAUGCACCAAAGUGUGUAUGACUUCAUCCAUGUUGAUGAUCGGCAGGAGUUCCAGAGGCAGCUACACUGGGCUAUGAAUCCACCCCAGCAGGCACCUGGGCCAGAGCCUUCAGGACAGGGAGCUAAUGGUGACGAGUAUCGGGGCUCUUUCAAAGUUCAUGACCCAAAAGUUCUGCCACCAGAGUUUUCUCCAUUUUUGAACCGUUGUUUCAUCAGCCGAGUGCGAUGCCUGUUGGAUAGCACAUCAGGAUUCCUGACGAUGCAGUUCCAAGGCAGACUGAAGUACCUCCAGGGACAGAGGAAGAAAACUGGUUCUGGAGCCAACCUUCCACCACAGCUGGGUUUGUUCUGUAUUGCCGUGCCGCUGUUGUUCCCUCCCAUCAGCGAGAUGAAUCUGAAAGGCUUGCUCCUCAAAACCAAGCACAGGCUCGACCUCAGUCCUCAGGCACUCAAUGCAAAGGGCAAAGCAGCUGCAGGAUGGUCAGACGCAGAACUCCGAGCAAGGUCAGGUUGCCACUACCUCCACUUCACAGACAUGCUGUACUGCGCAGAGAACCAAAUACGAAUGAUGAAUGCUGAAGAAAAGGGUGUCACAGUCUUCAGAGUACUCACAAAGGAAGGCCAAUGGGUUUGGCUUCAAAGUAGUGGCCAUCUGCCCUACAGGAACAAAACCCCAGAAGAUGCCACAUCACCUAAAGAGGAAAUCAAGGAUGUAGAGAGAUCCGGAGAGGAGCGCCUGAGGAACCAGUCAAAUCCUGACCAGACUGCCAGUGCCAACAGACUAGUGUACGGCAACUGCACUGAAACACCUCUGCAGUUAAAACAUCUGUAUGAGCAGCAUGCAGAAAAAGAAGGAAGAGAGGAGAAAUAUGAGACCAUUAAAAGUGACGGUGGCAUCAACCAAAAUGAGCCACUUAAUUUUUGCACCUCAUUUCCCAGGGGUCCAAAAGUUACCAUGGCAGAUGAUUUAUGGGGUCCAGAGUAUUCCAGAGGUCUCUCGAAUUUGCAGCCACCAAAACAAAUGGAGAAGAUAGGUAACAUUCCUGGUCGUGAGGCCAAACCCUUCUGUGGCAGAAGUAGACUGCUGUCCGAGCCCCGGCUCAGAUGUAGCACCCAAGCCUCCAGCUUUCAAGGUAUACCCCAGAGCUUCAGGAGCAUUGGAGAAGAGGUGCAGCAGAACCAGCCCUAUGGCAGCUUGCCAUACACCAACCUGGAUGGCUACCCGUCUGAAAGCUGUAAGACUGAUGAUGCCAGCUUUGUGGCUAGCAGGCCAAAGGAGCACCCCACUGCGGGGUACUGCAACAGUGCAGAAGUGUUUCUGGGAGUGCACAUCAAAAGUGAAUAUAGUCCUGACCCGCACAAUGAAUUGGACGAGCCACUGGGAUCUCCAAGUCAACAAUGGGCUGACAGUGGAGAAGUUGGGCAGAAAAUGGCAACAAGCUUCCCAGGGCAGCCUCAGGUGAAGUGCGACCCCAACGCGCUGGAGCAGUUGCCACCUUGUGAAAAACUGAAGACUCCUCUGCUACCCCCAUUCUGCAGAGCCAGCAUGGUCAAAGGCAACGGCCUGUGGAUGACAAACAGCACAUGUAACCACAACAGGCUGUUGAAACAUGACAUAGACAUGGCUCAUUUCAGUCCACAGAGGGCUGUCCAGUCCCGUUGCACUCACCAUGAUCAAGUCGCAGACUGUUUACAGGCAGGUGCCUUCCCACAACGUCCUAUCCAGGACAAGGGCUUAAGUCAGGAGACACACAAAAUACCGCUGCAGUUCAAAGGUCAUGACCUAAUCCACACAGUCAUCAAACGCGAACCCUCACUCUCUCCUCCUUGGUCUUGUGACAAUCCACACAACAUACAGUCAAGCUUACAAAGAAAUAUGCCCAGUUGUUUGUUAAAUUCAUUGACUCACAAAAUUACACAGAACACAUAUUUGUAAUUUUUGUUUUAUAAUGAAAUUGUUUUACAGUUUUUAUUUCAAAAUGCCUUUGCUCUGAGAAUGUUUAAUGAAAAUAUUUACUUUGCUGUAAACCCUGAUGUAUUACCUAUUGCCAUUUAUUUUGCAAUUUUGUAUGAAGACUUUCAUUAUAAUUUGCCUAUGAUGUAUUGUGUAUGAAUGUAGCAGUCUUGGGAGUACAUGAAAAACAUUGAAAUACUUGAUACUUAUGUCUGAAGAAUUCACAGGUAGAACAAUAAUUGGAUUUGUACAGUGCUUUUAACAUAAUAAAUAUCCCAAAGCACUUUAAAGCUACAUUAACAGACGAAAUUUGAUGCUAAGCCUGUAAAGAAGGUAUUUGGACAACUUGACCAAAGAGGUAGGCUUUAAGGAGUGUUCUAAAAGAAGAGAGAGCUAGAGAGGAAAAAAGGGUCAGUGGGGCAGUUGGGAAAUUCCAAAGCUUAGGGUCUACACUUUGAAGGCAUGGCCUACAGCUAAAUGGAAUAAAUUCCUGAUAUUGAGUGUACAGACUGUUAAAAUGAGGGCAACUGUUUGGUUAAAAGAUAUGUAGCCUUCAUGUUGCCUGGUACAAAAACAUUUAAUCUCUUUUUAUCCUCGUCCUUGAGUUGCUGGUCUUGUCCUUAAGACAGUUGUCCACUGUUCUGCUGUUGAUAUCUUGUCUGAAAUUUUUUUCAUGUUAUCAGUCUAUGAAAUAGCAGAUCCACUGUAUAGCUCAGCCUCAUCUAGUCUGAACCUGAUAUCCACAGAGUUCCAGCACCUGAACGUUGGUGAUCAUGGAGAAAUGAGGUGUAUUUCACCCGAAAUGACCACAUUCAGGCUAAUUACAAUCCCGUGAUGCUUAACAGGACAGCACAGAUCAGAGAUUAAGUGUAGGAUCUUCCUUUCUCAGUAUCGUACCUGGGCUUGUUUCUUUUUCCACUUUAAACCAUCUAAUGCAUGACUAACUUAGAUUGUUGUGCACACUACUUUGCGAACUAUGUGCUUGACAAACAGCAUAAAGUGCAGAGAGUUUUCUGUUCUUUUUUAAAUGAAAGAAGGAAAUGAAGUAUCUUGGGACAUCUGUUUGCAUCGAAGGCACUAUGUAAAUGCAUGCUGUUGGAUCCAACACAUAGGAUAACAGAGUUUAGAGAUGCGCCUCACCUAUAUAUUGAUUUUCUAUUGUCUUUGGGCCUGUGUCCGCAAUCAUGCGUGUUCAAACCUGCUCUGUAACAGAACGUAGAGCAGGAUUUUCAUCCUGUUAUGCAACAGGAACAUGGCAUCAUUUUGCACCACUAACUAGCAUGCCAGUUUACCAGCAUUAUUCUGGCCCCAAGCCAUUUUUGUGAAGGCCUGUUCAGGGGUGGAACAGCUACCCACCUGCAACUGGGUCGUAGGUAGUUAGAGUCAUUAAGAGCCCAAUUAAGGUUUUGGACCACAGGCCGACUGGGAUAUUCUUCAAAAUGGAAAAAUCCUAUUUCUUCCUUACCAACAAUGGUGGGCUGCAGUUCCUUCUGUGCUGGAGGGUGUCUCAUUGGCUUCUGUGCUUUAAAAGCCCACCCACCAGUGUUAAUUGGAUGGCAGGCAUGUUUUCAAGUCCCUAAUUAGCUAGAAUCAAGGCAAAAUCAGUGUCAGAUGACCCUUCCUGACAAAAUGCAGAGUUGGAAACAGGAUUUGAUCCCAAUGUCAGGGUCCUGAUCCUAAGCAGAAAAAUCUACCCAUGGACUGAGUAGUAUAAUGGUUAUAUUGUUGGGCUAUACCUCUAUAGAGUAUAAGUUCACAUCCAAUGUGACCAUGUGGCUGUUGGAUUGUCAUUAAAAACACUGACGUCCUUUCAGGAAGGAAACCUGUCACCUUUGUCCAGUGUGGUCUCUGUGUGUGAUUUCAUAACAGACUUUCUGUUAUGCUCUGGAAGAGACCAUAACAAACUCAGAUACUCAGUUGCAUCACUACCUUCUCAAAGUAAUCAGUGAGUGUCAAUAAAUUAUUGCCUUGCCAAUGACGCCAAUAUCCCAUUAGCAAUUUUGUUAAAACCAUAGGUGCCUGCAACAUAUUCCUCAUCUUUUAUGUUUGCAUUUGUAUGGCGUUUUGAAUACUUACCAAGUCAAAAUGGUUUUGUAUAUUUUGUUCAAAAGUGUCAUAAUCAUAAGAAUCUGAAAACACAGGCAAUAAUCACAUGAAAUCAGGCACAUCAAGUUGUUUCAUUGACAUAGUAAGAUAGGAGCAUCACACUUUAUUAAAUUCUUACUUCAGAACAUCAUUCUGAUUGCAUCUACAUAAAAAUAUCAAUGUUACUUGUAACAAUAAAUUAGAGCUAAGGUUGAAAGUAGAUACCCUUUUAAACAAUUUUACCCCAUUGCAUUCAUUCAUUAUACCUGUGACCUAAUUACUGCAAGAUUAAAGGGAUUUCGCCUCAGUAAAUCACUGGGAGACAUUAAACAUUGUUCAAUACAUCACAUAUUAAUUGUGAUGACCCCAACAUUAUGUUUUAAUUCAGACAGAUUCCCUGUGAAGAUUUAUAUAAUUCUCUUCGCCUGUUGUCUCAAAAAUGUUUAUUCUUGUGUGUUGUCUCUUUCAGAAUGCCAGAAAGAGAAACA